AUGAACCUAUGUGGCUUUGCUAAGGCCAAUGGCAACGAAAGCCGGUACGGGGAAGAGCAUGUCUACCUGGGACUGAAGAUGGAAGAGGUGAAGGCCAUCAACAGGGUGUGUAAGGAGCUGGGGCGUCCGGCGAUGCAGGCAAAGCAGGGAGAUGGUCUCAAAUCCUUGGAGCUGAGCAUCACGGGCGAGGACGGCAGGGCGCUCCCGGAGUACUCACUGCUGGAAAUCCGUGCGGAGAUGGGGCCAAACUGCCGGGCUGUGCUUGGUGACGAGAAGAACAUCGGU